CCCCCCUGUCCUCCACCUGUUCCCCUGGGAUUUAAACAUUGUCCCCCAGGCAAUAACAGCAGUAAGUGGGCUGCAUCCCCUAUUGUGCCACCGAGCUCUCUGAUUGGCUGAGACUGUGAGAAAGUGCAGUCAGACCCAGACCCACACAUUCAUAUGGAGAUGUGGGACUAUAAAUAGGAGGGAUGAAGCCAGCAGAGAUCAGAUUCUCUCUACAGAGACCUCUACAGCACAGAGAUCCAGACAUGGCACCUACAACCACUGCAGCAAUGACCAGUUCUCAGGAGCAUCUCACUCUGACCCACAAGCUCAGAAAGCCUGUGGUGGAGAAGUUACGCAGAGAGAGAAUCAACAGCAGCAUUGAGCAGCUCAAGUCUCUGCUGGGUCCAGAGUUCCUCAAACAGCAGCCAGACAACAAGCUGGAGAAAGCAGACAUCCUGGAGAUGACCGUCUGUGUCCUGACACAGCUGCAACAGCAGAAUCAAAAGCAGAGAAGACUUCUGAACCACUUCAACAAGCUGCAGGCUUCAUCUGAGAAGAACCUGAGAGAGGCUGACUUCUCUCUUCUGAGCUCCACAGUCCAGACCAGCAUCACCAAAGAGAAGAGUGCAGUCAACAGCGCCCCCUGGAGGCCGUGGUAGAGACCUACACACCAGAGUUACUACCAGACAAACUGAGAUGAUCAUAUUGGUCAAAGAUUACUGGAAGUGAAUUCUUCUGAAUUCUUUAUGAACUUGUUCUUCUGUUUGUACAGAAGGUUGUGUUUUGUGUUGUUUUCCUGAGGAAACA